AUGUAUUGCUAUCAAGAAGAAGGCUGCCGAAUGACUCAAGUGCAAUUCGCUCUUCCGUUGAUGAUAUUUUUCAACUGUCUUGUUCUUGUUACAUAUCCAGUUCAUGUGAUAUUUGUCAUAUCAUUGCUUCGAAAUCGAACUACAAGCGCACUUGGAACUCCUUUUCAUCAUUUAUUACUAAGCGUAGGAAUUUCCGACUUGAUCAGUGCUACAGGAUAUAUACUUUUGCAAGAGCCAGCAUGGCUCGGAAUAGCAUCGAAAUUUUACCUCGGUAACGCAUGGUGGAUAGCAAAGAUAGUAAAUAUAUGCGGCAUUUGCAUUUCGAAUGUUCCAAUAGUCAUUCAUCUAUUCCUCGCCUUAAAUCGUCUUACUGCUGUUCGACUGCCAAUGGAGCAUUGCCAUUUGUGGCGAAACCCGAGAGUACAAAGAUUGACGGUUGUUGUAUGGGUUAUAACAAUCAUUGCCUCACUUCCUAUGGUUUACCCUAUUCAGUUCAAAGGAUACCAGAUGCAGAAUGGUGCCCUUUCAAGUGUGGCAUUUCACUUUGUAAAUCCAUUUCCGGCGCAAAUGUACACACUUUAUGUGAUGUGCUUGAGUGCCUUUAUUCUUCCAACUGUUGUAAUUUACAUAUAUCUUUUAGCCUAUAUGUGUUUUCUGAAGUACGUCUCCAAGUACAAAAGACACAUACAGGCAACAGUGGUCAAGAGUACAGUAGCUGUGUUCUUCACAAGUUUAGGUGACAUUAUCUUAGCUACGGUACUGGGAUCUCAACAGCUUUAUUGGAUAUUCUACCAAGAAGAUCUUCUCGAUCCACCAACGUUCUGGCUAAUGUUUAAAAUCGGACGAGAUUUGCAUAACAUAGCUACACCCUGGACUAUGUUGUUGCUUUUCAAAGGAUUACGAAAGUCCAUUAUCAGUGGAACUUCGCCAAGAAACUCAAAUGCCGUUAAACUUUAG